GUACCUGAAGAAUAAUCUGAUAAGUACAGUGGAGCCUGGAGCUUUCCGUGGUCUUUUGGCCUUGAGGAAACUGGAUCUGUCUGACAACAGAAUCGGCUGCCUCUCACCUGAGAUGUUUCUUGAUCUGGGCAGACUCUUAAAAUUAAAUUUAUCUGGAAACAUUUUCUCCACACUCCCGACGGGACUCUUCACACACCUCCUGGAUCUGAGAGUGCUGAACUUUGGCACCGAGACCUUGUUCUGUGACUGCCAGCUGAAGUGGCUGCUCGUUUGGGCUCAGCAGAACUCGGUGAGGGUUGGUAAUGACACGGUCUGUGUUUUCCCAACCCACCUCCAUGGCCUGGAGCUGCGCAGCCUGCGAGAACAGCAGCUCAAAUGUGAUGGUCCUUUGGAGAUGCCGCUUUUCCAGCUCAUCCCUUCCCAGAGGCAACUUGUUUUCCGUGGUGACCAGCUUCCCCUCCAGUGCACCGCGUCUUACCUCGACCAGUCGGUGGAGCUGUGGUGGCGUCACAACAGCCACGGAGUGACCACACAGGAGGACAUGGGCAUCUAUGUGGAGAAGACUCUACUUCAUGACUGCUGCUUGCUCACCAGUGAGGUGAUCCUUUCCAACAUUGAUGUGGCUCUCGCCGGCAACUGGGAGUGUCUGGUGACCAGUUCCAGAGGAAACGCAUCUCAGCACAUGGAAAUAGUGGUGGUGGAGACUUCUGCCCCGUACUGCCCUACAGAUAGAGUCUCCAACAACAAGGGGGAUUUCAGGUGGCCGAAGACUCUGGCCGGGAUUCUGGCUUUCCUGCCGUGCGCUCCUGCAACCUUUGGAUCUGCCCCCGGCCCGGCUGGCAGCACUCCCCAGCACUCCGGCCAGCGGGAGAAGAAAGCGUGGCGACGAUGCGAUCGCGCUGGACGGUGGGCUGAAGAGGACUACACUCAGUGCCCGUAUGCUAGUGAGCUGACCCGCGUGCUGCAUCAGCUCACUCAGAUACCGAUUAAUAUCAGCAAUUCCCAGCCUCUGGGUCAGCAGUUGGUGGCUUUCACUAGCAGGGCUGCUGACUUUACUGACGUUAUGGACGUCAUCUUCGUCACUCACCUUGUGGAAAGACUAACAAGACUGCUGGAGAAAAAAAGAGAUUUGGGGGACUACAUCUCAGGCAUAGCCAGCAACAUGAUGCUGGUGGAGGAGCACAUCCUGUGGAUGGCGCAGAAUGAGGCCAGAGCGUGCACGCGGAUCGUCCAGUGUGUGGAACGCAUUGCCGACUUGGCGCUGACGGAAGACAAUCGGGUCAUUUCUAAGGUGUCUGCUAAUAUAGCUCUGGAGGCUUUUCUGAUCAAGCCGUCAAACUUUCUUGGUUUGUCCUGCACGGCGCUCGAGCAGACGCCCACGUCCACCAGCCUGCCCGUCCCGCACAGCCACUCCUACCGCGACAAGGACAAACACGGAGAGCCGGAGGCCGCAGGAGAGUCGUUGCUCAGUUUCAAAUGCCACACUGUCAACAACAGCGGCUCGCCAGCCAGUCAACUCAGCAAGGGUGCAUGUGAGUGACUGAAAGCUGCUAUACGGUGAUGAUUUAGAGACUCAAACUGAUGAACUGCAAUCAACUUGCUACCUCUCACCUAAUCCCUAAUGAUAUGGGGAACAAUGAUGUGAAAGGCCUGCUCUAAAGCAAGUGUUUGGACGGUCUGAAAGUUGUUUCUGCCAAUAUAUUACAAUACCUCACCAGCUGGAAGUGUAACGACAGCAAGACUUUUAAAUUAGAAAAUCUCUUAGUUAUUUGUCACGUCUAAAGAAAGAAAUAUGCAAAUAGAUCCACACGAGUCAGAGGGCAUUUGUCAUUUUCAGCAUUGUGAUUAUUGCAGACUUGACUGCCUUGCGCAAUAAUUAUACACGUUGAACCUUUGCACAGUUUCUCAUUACAAAUGGAUAUUUCAACGUGUUUGAAUUUCAUGUGAUAGAGCAACACAAAGCAGUCCGUUAGGUGGGCCACUGUAGGCCCGUCAUGGUGAGCGUUUGGGUCAGGAGCAGCAGAGCGGCCUGUGGCAGCUUUUAACUGAGAGUCUUAAAAGUCAUUUCAAAAAGUUUUCAAGAUCUUCUCAGUGUUUUUCCUGGAACAUAAGAUCUAAAUUCGCCCCUCAGUUGGUAACUGAUGACGUUCUGCACAGAUUCACAACUAAUCAUCCUUAAAUUACACAACCAUACGGCAUCCUGUCUUAUUUCCUGAGCCAAUGGGCAUUAGCCUUGAACUGAACUGUAGCAUGAAGAUUUCAUAAAGGGGACACAGUUUGAGACAAUAUUUCCCAUUUCAGAUGUUCCUCUUCUGGGUCACUGACAGGUGAUGUGUGGUUGGAGCAUCCCGUCUCUCACUGACCCCCAGAGGUCCACAGCUCUCUGCAUGCUGCUCAAUGCUUUGCUGAAGUAUUCAUACACCGUUUGUCAU